AUACUGACAGUGUUUGUAAGAAACUCAGCAUCCGUCUCAUUUUGUUUGCCUACAUAAUAGUUUGAAUAACCCUGAAGCAGAAGGUCGUACGGACCAUUUCACCACCUGAUGGUGCAUGAAAAUUGGAAGCUAAGCUCUGUUUACACUAGCAAUGAGGUGAAGAGGUUGGUUUUACAUUAUUACUUAUGUUUUUCUUAAAGCCCUAAUAGCAAUCAAGUAGGAACUCCAGGCCGAAAUGCUGUUAACAUUCAAAAUGGGCAGCAGAGUGAAUAAUUAUGUCCUGUGUGGAGUUUGCGUGUGUCUCCUACAGGUGCUCCUGUUUCAUCACACAAUCCAAAGGCCUGCAGGUACUUGAGUACUGUCCUCAAGCAUGUCCCCCACAUCAGGGUUGUGGGGGGCUGGACCCUGAAGAGGGUGAACAGGUCAGGAGCAGAAGAAUGAACUGGCUUUGCAUAAUUACUUUAGAGAACUGGAUAAAAGUGAGUACAUACUAAAGGUCUGAGAUGUGUCAGAACAUUCUGCAUGAACAAAAGGUGGAACUUUCUAAGGUUUCACUGGCUACGAAGAAAACAAAAACCACAGAAUGAGGAAGAUACUAUGGUUUGUCCUCGCUCUCUCAGGACUGUCUGCUGUGUCUACGAGCAUCUUCAGCGAGUACCACUAUGUGAGAGAGUCAAUGAGCUGGAGUGAAGCUCAGAGUUACUGCAGGAAUGAGUUCACUGACCUGGCCAGUGUAGCACACCAAUAUGACAACAGCAGGCUGCUAAGGGUAAUCCAAGUCCUUGGAAAAUUUGCAUGGAUAGGGCUUUAUGAUGACCUGACCACAUGGAGAUGGGCGCUGGGAUUUGAAGACUUCAAUAACAAUACAGAUUUCAGCUACUGGUACUCAAAUGAGCCUGACAACAAGAACUCCACGGAGAGCUGCACUGUGAUGACACAAAAAGGGUUUUGGAAGGACAUCAAAUGUACCCAUAAAUGUCCCGCAGUCUGCUUUUAUGAACAAGGUCAAUCCAAAUACAUCUUAGUGCAAACUGAGAUGACUUGGUAUGAAGCUAGGAUCUACUGUGAGACCUACUACGAAGGCCUAGCCAGCGUGAAGAGCAUGUCUGAGAAUAAUCAGAUCUCCUCGCUGCUGUCAGAGAGCUCCUGGAUUGGUCUCUACAGAUGGCAAUGGGAUAACUGGGCUGACUCGUGGCGCACCACCUACACUAACUGGCACAUCAGCCAGCCGGACAACAGUGGGGACACUAUAACAUCAUGUGCCGCAGUAAACACAACCACAGGAACGUGGUGGGAUGUUGACUGUGAGGAAAAGCAUCAUUUUAUCUGCCAAAAAAAGUAUUUUUCUCCAAGCAGCUCUCCCAGACCUCAGCACAAAACACUAUUGAAGUUAAAGUUCCAGUCUGAGGCCGACCUGCAAGAUCCUGCUCUUCAGCAGCAGAUUUUACAGCAGCUGCAUGCUAAACUGGAGAAACACGGAUUACCAGACUUUAAACUUCGCUGGGUUCAGUCUGGUGAACAGGCCUUUCAUAAGGAACAAACGCAGAAGAAAGAGGAAGGGUCGAGUGCUUGAGUGGCUUACUGUGCAGAGGACAUCAUGGUUUUCUCACAAUUUAACACUUUCAC